AUGACUGAUGCGAGCACCUUCCUGGUUAUCGGCAUUCGACCAUCUUCCACCCAGGCUCUCCUGUCUAACCCGGUCCGCUUCAAAAUCUCAGGCAUGAUCCUAUCCCUCGGCGACCUGUCGCCGCUCCUUGGCCUACCUCCAGGCCCCGAUCUCUCUGCCGCGCUCGCACGCGUCCUCCCCGGACUGCAGGAGUACGAGGACAAGGUCUACCCCGACGCGACGUACCGCAACUACUAUGGUCUUGGCGUGUCUCUUUGCUUCGUCCCCUCCCCUCUCAAGUUGGACAGUAUCGAUAUCUUCAACUUGCCCCCAAAAGCGCCUACGUCGUCUUCAACCAAACCCCAGUAUGCGCCACCGCCGUCUUUGUUGCUCGCUUUUGCCGACCCCGAAGUCGUGCUUCCUCCGCGUAAGAAGGGUGAGAAGGAGAUUCGGUAUCCCCGCCCGAGCCUCACAAUGGAACGGGAUACAGCGGGGCGUGAUAUCGUGCGCUCGCUCGGGGAGCCGAGCCGUAAGGGCGCUGGCGGAUGGGUUGGAGUUUGGCUCGAGUGGAGUCCCGUGGCUUUGACAACGGCGGGAGAGAGGGCGGAGGUGGGUAUCAUGCUCGAGCUCACGGAUCCUAAAGCCGAGCCGAGCAGCGAGGACAAGGCCAAGGGCGUCGGUGGUGUUUGGGAUCGCGCGGCUGGCUGGCCUUGGGCGAGCAUCAAGGUGUUCCGCACCACACCCAAGAAGUAG